AGAGACCAGUUUAGUUCUAUUCGAACGGUCUGCGAGAACGGUACCUAGUUUGGUGUGCGCUUGAAAUUUUAAAACUUUGCGACGGCAUCACAGAAAUAGUACACAACUCUCGCAAGCGUGUGUGGCGUGUGUGCUGCCUUUGGAACAUAAGUUGAAGAAAUUAUGAGUUGAAGCUGCAUUAUAAUAAUAAUAAGGAGGAGGAGUACUACUCGAAGCGCAACGACGACGCGACGUCGAUUCAGUGCAUAAGCUGUGUGUGUAUGUGAUGCGAAGAAGCUGUGCCGAAGUGAAUCGCAGAAGAGUGUCUUGAAAGUAUGAUAAAGUGAAGCUGCUGGAAGCCAAAAUAUAGAAUUGAAAAAGUUUUUACUUAUGGCGAGUAGCAUGAAAUAAGUGCAUGUAUGUAGAGUGCCACAUAAAGUAGAAGCCAUCAGUGAUAUUUGCAAAAAAGUUCCUAACAUCUUGAAGAGUAAAAAAAAAAUCAACGAAAAGCAUCAUGUCCUCCAAGAGUAACAGCCCGUGGGCCAUUCUAUCGGUACCGUGCUACUUGUUAGUCAUGCUGCUGUGUAUCCAUCUGGCAAGUGGGGACCGUCGGCUGCAGUUGAAAGAUGGCAGCAGUUUGGAGCCGGUCGGCGACAGCGAACUAGAAGCAUCAAGUGGCGAUAAAAUGUCAUCAACCGAUUCGGGGCCGCCUCAUCGGUUUCACGCUAUCUUCCGUGGUUCGCCUUCGGCAGUGGCAUCGGCGGAAACUGCAUCCGAGCAGCUCAAGCAAUCGCCUGCCGCAGUAGCCGUGCAGAAGAUGCUGGCUUCUGCCCGCGGUUCCAGGGACCGAGCAGCGUCAGUAAACAGUACCACCAAUAAUGGUACCAACCAUAAGAGCCGUGCCACUACCAAGCUGUGCCGCGAAGGUUGCCUGGAAAAGCGUUCCAUCAAGGACAUCCUGUGCACCCAGCAGCGAGAGUGCGCCAUGUGCUGGGACGUGUGCAACCGUAACCACCAGAUCCGCAAAGAGAACGAAUUGGCUCAGCGUUUACUGCUCAGUCUGAGCAGAAUGGUACGCAAUGAAUCCGUCGUGACGGCCGACAUCGAGUGGACCACACCGGAGGAACUGUUGGAGCAUCAGCCCCACUCGGUUGUUCCGUCGCCGCUAGCGGCCAGCGAAAAUGUAGAACGCUUGUCUAGAAUCGCUCGGGACGAUGCCAACCCGAGCUCAUCCGUGUCCAAAAUCAUCCAAGCGCUCAGCCAAGCGUCGUCGCUCCUAGCGCCAGAAGCGAAAACGGUCACCAGCACCGAGCAGACCUUUCACCAGUGUCUUGUCUCGUGGGAAAUCUCCGGGGGAGGCCUCACCGGUAACCUACUAACCGAAACUGCCAAAGUUGAGCUCUCCUUGUGGCCAAACACCAAAUACCACGUGCACGUGACCUGUCGGAAUAAGGAAACCGACCAGCUCAUCCGAUCGCCCCCGCUGCUAAUCGACACCAGCGAAGCAACGAUCGUAAGUCUUCAGGGAACGACCACGCUGCGGCCUCUCUCGAUCAACUCGGUAAUCGAGGAGAUCGACGUAGUGCAGGCGACAUCGUUUACCAGCGUCGAAAGCUCCCCAUCGCAGGACCAAACACACCAGCAGCAGCAGCAAUUGCGCCGUCCGCACCUGUGGCCCAUCUACAGUUCCGAGCUGCCGGAAAACUCGAAAGAAAUUCUCAUCCUAGGUGUGUUUGUGGCUAUCCUAGCGUUCGUGCUGAUUGUGCUCACCGUUGUGAUUCUGGUCCGGCGGAAACAGGAUCAGAUCGAAGAUCGGGAACUGCUGAUCGAAAGCGAGAUUUUACCGAAGAUCCUGCACGUUUGAUAGGGAACCGGUGACGACGACGACGGCGACCGGAUCCACAAAUGUUCUUUGUAAAUAGCUGUUUUUUAACUUUCGCUCCAGUCCCUACUUAAAUUUUAAUUUAAUCUUGAAGAAGAUACGGUAGCUUCUUUCUAAUCUCGUUCUAUCCAGUUCUAUUUGUAAAUUAUUGAGUUCCGUAGUUUUUAUUAGGCUUUUCACUUUGUUAGUUAUUGCGCUGUAUUGGCUAAAUAAUAACAUAUGAAUCAGUAUGUAGUAAGUAGCAGUGGUAUAAAAUUAAACGAAAAAAAGAUACUAGUCCUCGUAUGUGUGAGAGCCGUGAACGAGAAAGUGACUGUGACAGAGAAGACAUACUCAACCCGGAGCAGGUUCGAUUAAUAGGAAUGGUUAACUUUAUAGAAGUGAUUGCGUGUAGUUAGGGCAAGCUAAAGGAAAAGAGCAAAAGAAAAGUUUAUCAAAGUUACUAGGAAAAAUUGCGCCAGCAAGUUUGAAUAAUACUGUAAAAUAGUGCAACAAAAUAAAACAAAAACCAAUCAUUAAUGUGUACAUUGUGUAAAAAGACUGAAAAUACUGUAAAAUAAAAUAAUUCGAAGUGAAUAAUCUAUAA